CCAAUUGAAGAGCUUUUACAGACAGCACUUGACGCCGCGCAGAUAUGCAAGACGCUCGACAUACAGUACCUUUGGGUAGACGCGCUCUGUAUUGUGCAAGAUAGCUCCAGUGACUGGUUCUACAAGUCUUGCCGCGCGUGCGACGUCUACUCCAAC